AUGGUAGACCGUCUCUGUUUGAACUGCAACCGCAUGGAGCAAACCGAGUGUGAAUGUCCUUGUGAAUGCAGUUCAGAAGUGUAUGAAUGCCCAGACGCGAAUGUAUCAAGAGUCAAUCAAAAUGUGCCCCUCUGUGGUAUGAUACCUGAAAACAACAAUCACAAAUCUCACUAUUUUCACAACUUCGCCGAGAAUUUGAAGUCUUGCUUCGAUUUUCAGUGCGAAACCUAUUUGACGCACUCCACUUGCUUAGGUGUUCUUGGCUGUGAAUGGUGUCAAGUUGACGCUGACGGUAGGACGCCGCUACCUUCCCCGUUCUGCACCUCGCAGUCCACUUGUUUCAAUGGAGUAUUAGGUGCGGUCACACCAUACGGCGAAAGCACGUACGGACACGCCAACAGGGAGGCUUUAGGUAGUUACUCCGCCAUUGGGCCAAUUGCUGGUUGUAUCAUAACGGUGAGUUUAGUUAUAGCCGUGGCGAUAUAUUGCUAUAGGCAGAACGUGACCUCGGCGAGUUGUCAUAACCUAUACGUAGACGGGCCGGCCGAGACUUGGCACGACGCCGACGUUCAAAUGAGCCACUUGCAGUCCGACGAUAUGCACGAUCAGUCGGGUCAGGACAAACUCCUGCCGGCAAUGGAAAUCGACGCUCCCAUAUCGCCAUACCGGGUUGUCACUGGCUAUCGAAGGCCGCACACAGCGGGCGGUUCAGAUCACGGCUAUUCGACAAUGACGCCUCACGAAGACUCCGAGGCCACAGGUUUCUCGGUGAACGAUCCGAUAAUUUUGUCUGAUGACACGAAGUCUGACGUGAGCUGCCCCAUCCCAGCUAAGAUUAAGCCAAGAUUAAAGCCAGACCUCACGACUGUUGUGCCGUGUGGCAAGAACAGUAUUAUUGCUCCCGUGACAGUACACAGGCAUAUGGAGGCAUCA